AUGGCAGACAAGUCUCAGGAGCAGGCCGGCCUCAUUGGCGGCCACGCCCAAUACGUCAAGGGCGCAACAGAGGAGGUGAUUGGCAAUGUGACCGGCUCGGAGGAGUGGAAGGACUCGGGCAUCAAGGACAAGGAGUCGGGCGUCAACACCAUGAAGAUGGCCACUGAGCAGCGCGAUCCCACUCAGGGCUACGGCAAGGUUGAGGAGCUUGCGGGCAAGGCUACCGGAUGCGAGGGCAUGGAGAGGGAGGGCGCGAUCAGCAAGGAGCAAUAG